ACACUGCGCCAGCGUGGGAAAGCGAAGCGGGAGCCCGAGUCUAGCGAAGCCGCGGCCGCGUGGAGAGCCGCGCGCAGCUCCUACUGAAGAGGAGCACUGCGGGGACACUCCGCACUAACUGCUGCUGCUGGAGGAGCACGAGGAGGAGGAGAAGUAGAGGAGGAGAGCACGAGAGGGAGGAGGAUGGCUAAAGCAUGCAUGCACCAGCCGACUACCUGUGUGGCCCGCCAGGACACUGGGAGAUCUGUGAUGUAGGUGAAGAGUCCCGGUGGGGGAGACGCACGCACGCACGCGCGCGCGCACACACACACACACGGGCGCCGCUUCUCCUUCGCAGCUCGUGGUUGGAUUAGCGUGCCCGCUACGGGCGAACUGAAUGGGUAAAUACAACAUUUGCGUAUUUCGUUAUUUUUUAUGUGACAGUAUUUAGACAGACUUGUCUUUUUUGCUUUACAUUAGUUUUUGAACUAGCUUGCUUUUGGCUCUCGCACGCGCAGCCCGAGCAUGCAUUCUAAUAAAAGUUGGAUUUUUUGCGUUUCGCGUCUAAACUAGUCUGUGACUGAGACGGGCAUGCACGCGGAGCCUGGGAGUGCUUGGUCGCAGAUGACAACUUUUAUUGCUCGGUUUUAAGACAAUGAGAUGAGCGCAGGGCCACGUGCUCGGGCUACUUGGUGGUGGCACAAAGCAGGGCGCGAGCAUCACUGCCAGCGCGGUGUCAGGAGUAAACACAGAGAUAACUAACUUUCCACCGACGGCUCUGCUCGUUAUUGCUAAGCAGCGCUCGCCUGGUUGAGCCGUGCGCCUUUUCCCCCUCCGCAGACCUUGUUUCAGCGCUCAGCCUCAGUCACAAACCACCAGAGUCUGUAUUGAUUCACGAGGCUCCAUGAAACGCGUCUAAUUUAACGAGAUUCCAGAUGCGUGUGCGGUAACGGCGGCUCUCGCGCUAGCUGGCUGUGGGGGGAAAAAGCUGGGACUUUGGCCCGCUUUGAGGCUCCGUGUGUGGGUGGAUAGGCUGGCUGGAGCGCCGGGGGGAAAGUGCGCUCCGGAUCCAGCAGCCUGCCCUUAAAGAAGUGAGCUCAGAGCCGCGCUCGUCUUUGCUGUCCUGGCCAAGGCUGCGUGAACCGGGCUCUGGGAUUCCCCCUGCAAUCCUCGCCUCCCUCCCCCUCCUCCUCCAGCCCCCUCCACAGCAACAGGCUGCAGGCGAGAGAGAGGAACACGUGCAAGCAGGAAAACGCAACAGUAUGGACAAAGAAAGCAUGAUCCAGCAGUACGAGCCCGUGGCCGAGAUAGGCGAAGGCGCCUAUGGGAAAGUGUACAAGGCGCGAGACCUCAAGAACGGGGGCCGCUUCGUGGCCCUGAAGAGAGUGCGGGUACAGACUGAGGAAGAGGGGAUGCCGCUGUCCACCAUCCGCGAGGUGGCGGUGCUGAGGCAGCUGGAGUCCUUCGAGCACCCCAAUGUUGUCAGGUUGUUUGAUGUCUGUACAGUUUCUAGAACUGAUCGGGAGACCAAACUCACUCUGGUCUUUGAGCAUGUGGACCAAGACUUGACUACAUAUUUGGAGAAAGCACCUGAUCCAGGAGUGCCACCUGAAACCAUAAAGGAUAUGAUGUACCAGUUGCUGCAGGGUCUGGACUUCCUCCACUCGCACCGCGUGGUUCACCGAGACCUGAAGCCUCAGAACAUUCUGGUCACAAGUGGAGGACAGAUCAAACUGGCUGAUUUUGGCCUGGCACGCAUAUACAGCUUUCAGAUGGCGCUUACUUCAGUGGUGGUCACAUUAUGGUAUCGAGCUCCAGAAGUGCUUCUACAGUCCAGUUACGCCACCCCAGUAGAUCUGUGGAGUGUGGGAUGCAUCUUUGCUGAGAUGUUCAGGAGAAGACCCCUUUUCCGUGGGAACUCCGAUGUUGACCAACUGGGCAAGAUUUUUGAUGUGGUUGGAGUCCCUUCUCCUGAAGACUGGCCCCAAGAGGUGGGUUUGCCUCAGAGUGCCUUCUCCCCUCGCCCUCCCCAGCCCAUCGAAGACCUAGUGCCAGACAUGGAUGAGCUGGGCAAAUCUCUUUUACUUCAAUUCCUGUCAUUCAACCCAGCCAGAAGGAUAUCAGCCUAUGAAGCUCUGUCUCACCCAUACUUCCAGAGCCUGGACAGCACCAGCAAGAGUCUGUAUGCCCAGCCCUUCCCCAGCAAAAAGCCCUCCCUGGAGGAGAGAGCUGCCUGAAAGACUUUUGGCCUAAAAACUCACUGUGCCCAAGGCACUGGCCCCCAUCCUCCUUUUCGACCUUGUCUUCCAUUGCAACAUUACGUGCUGCUUUUAGGUCUCUUUGAAGUAUUACAGCAACUCCUGGUUGAUGUGUUUUCACUGCAAGGCCUGCAGAAGGUAAAUUCACCCCUACUUGGGGCAAUGUAAAAAAAAACAAAGAAAACUUCAGAAGCUGCUUUCCUGCCUGCCUGUUUUCCCUAAGAGGAAGUCCCCUCUGCUCAGAGGAAACUCCACUGCCAGCUACCUGAUACAGAGGCUGCUACACCACCAUGCCAGGGAUCACUCUGUCCUUAUUAGAGUUAAGUAAUUGAGAUAAAACUGCCAGGACUCGACCGCCUUUCACUGCUCCGAUUCAGCAACUGCCUGUGACUGACCUGAUGUCACACUUUGGACCCUGCGGAACGUAGAAUCGUCACUGAUAAUGUGGGUCUGUUGAACAGAACCUCAGUAGAAAAGAUUUAAUCACACACUCACAUUCUCUUGCUAGCACUCUUGAAUGGCUCACAGUUAUGGGCCAAAUGAUUUAUUUGAGAUUUUAGUUUUGUGCCAGCUUGUUGUCCCUCCCCAAGGCUGAGGGCUGGGCUUUGUGGACUUGAACAGCAAUUAAUACACAUUCACCGCCUUACAGAGGACAAGGAAUCAUAUGACUUUACUCCAUCGUGAUACUGCCAGCUGUGUCCAUCGGCCCAGAGCGACCAAACACUUCAGGAUGUUUUUCUAGACACAUACCUAGUUCUCACUGGUAAUGUAAUUUAGUCCAGGGUUAGACUUGAUCUGUGUCUGGAAAACCAACCCUUGAACUCCUAGUAAAAUGUAACAAUGCAUUAUAGCCUAAUGCUACAUAAAUUGUUUGUUCUACUUUCUACACUGUUCAUUUAUUAUUUUUUUUGUAAUAUCAGUGUUGAUCGUUGAUGCCUUAUUGUGGUUGUGUUUUUAUGUCUUAAUUUUUAGUUGACUUGAAGGUGUAGGGACUUGUUAGUAAAUGCUAUAUUCCAUGUAUGACAUCAUACAGUAUGCACCCUGUGGGCAGGGAAACGGUAUAGUAGCUCAUUUAUGUAGUUAGAGGAGUGCCCCUCAUUGGGUAGCAAGUCGCUAUUAGAAUGAAUCAGUAUAAAAACAGGAGCAGGUGUAAACGGCAGGUGGUUUAACAUAUAAUUGUAGUGCAGUAAUGUGUGAGCAGACAAAUAGUCAAGCUUUAGAGAUGGUGAAUGAGAUGUAAAAGGUUAGGUCAUGAGAAAGGGUUUUGCAAAGGGCUAGAAGGGUAAUGUGAUGACUGCUGGAAUUCAUGACGUUGUACAUACAGUUUAAACGUCUUACAUUAUAUCCUUCCAUGUUUCAUUUUUCUUAGAUGUCCCAGCCUCUUGUCUGGUUGUUCAGAUAAAUCUGAAUUGAGGGAAGGAAGGAAGGAGGGAAGGAUGCUGCUUUAGACUUUUUUUUUUUUUUUACAAUGUGGUCCAAGACUAAGACUAAACUGAGGAGAAGCUACACACAGGCACUGUAUCACAGACAUACAUCCACAGGUUCAUCCAGAUAAGCACUGGUGCUUCCUUCAUACACUCAGGAUCUCAAUAGACUCAUUGUUUCGUAUUUAUCGGUUAGCUCAGAGUAAGGCCACUUGGUUUUGCUUUUCAUAGUAUGCUGCACAAAAUGAUAUGUGAACGCGAAAACAUCUUAGAUGUAGUCAAUAUGUCUGAUGUCUCUCAUUAUGAGAUUGUUGUAAGGAUAUUAUGAGAAUCUAACCUAUUUCUGUAUGUUUUCACUUGUUUUAAGGAAUGUCAUCAAGUGAGUGUUUUAUUCAGCUGUCAGGGUAUUUUACUUGUUAUUUUACUUGUUUCACAGUAAAAUGAUCUGCUAAUGGAAUAAUGUAAAAAUACUUCAAACAAGCAAAAACGUCUAGAAAUAGAUUACAUAAUCUUAAUCUCUUAUUGAGACAUAACUACAUAGUUACAUUGUCUAGACCAAUAGUCAGACCCAAAUGUUAAGAAGAGCCAUUUUGUCCGUUCAGCAAAAAUCAAACCACCUUUGGAGGUGCAACAUUUUAUGCCCAUUUUACUGAAGUAACGUUUUACUAUGUCUGCUGUAAAUAUGUCUCAGUAUGUGCUAAUGUACUAGUACAGGCACAAAAUGUAAUUUAAAUGAAAAUGCAGACUUACUUUGCUCUGCGUUAAGCUUUAGCUGAGCUAUAGCCGCUUUUCUCACAUCUCCAGCAGGAAACUUUUCCUAAAAGGUGGAAUAGUUUCUUGAAAAAUGUCUGUCAAAAUUCAACUUCUUACGAGACUGAAGUUGCUUCUCAUUCUCCAGCUUCUUAGAAUCUUGAAUCUCAGAGAGAAUGUAAAUGCUACACCAUUUAAGGUGGAACAGAGAAUUCAAACAAGAAGCUGGUGAAUGAGAAGCUGACUUCAGCCUCGUGACUUUAGUGUUUGACAGUUUCUUGUUGCAGAUUAAAAUUGCAAAGUUGCAGAUUAUCGUUUAGUUAUUAUGUGUUAGAGAUUAUGUGUUAGUUAUUUUACUGCAAAGGAGGAUUAUUGUACGUUCACCUAAAAAUCUAAUUCUGCUGUGGAGCCACAACAGGGCAGUAAAAGAGCCAGUAACUGACCCCUGGACUAAAUUGAAGAUGUUUUCACUUGUUAAGAUAUCGUUUUUUGCAGCGUAAACAGUACUACGUGUUGAUGAAAUACAACUCGCUCUAUCCCACUCUCUGCUCUCAGGUCUAUUUAUGGUUGUAGGUUUAGAUUCAACAUGUUUCAGGUUUGUAAUAACAGUAGCGCAUAUUAAAUGAAGUCUGCAAACUAUUCACUGUAUUAAUGCGUUCCACAUUAACAUUAUAGUACAAUAAAUGUAGCUCUAUUUAUGACUAUAUUUACACAAAUGCUCAUCUGAUUACUUGCCUCGUCAGCCACUGUAACAUGGCAUUCUGAACUCAUAUUUAAACUGAUAAAACAAGGAGGCAGUUGUGUCUUUUUUCCCCUCUGAUUGCUGUUGUAACAACUCCUCACUUCUUUGUACUGCUAACAUUCCUUAAUGUUUUUUCAUUCAAUUUUGGUAAAAACGCUUCCCCCUCUCUUGGUCAGUUCCUCGUUUUCCAGGUACCUGCCGUACGGUCAUCACAGCGUAGCGUUUCCCUCUUCCAAAUGGACAGCGAAAGAGUGGGUGUUUUCAGUGGGCAUUAGAUGUCAGAAAGUACACAUAUUUGCGUGUUAAAAUGUAACUGUAUGCCUUUUGAUUGUGGCUUUCACUCAGCAGUAAGCUGAGCCUUUUCUGUGCUCGAUUUCAAUUGAUGGAAAUGGUCUUGAAUUUAUUAAUGGUGUUUUAGCGUGAUAGCGGAGUUAAAAGUUAAAAGCUUCUGGAAUGUAAAAUGUUUAGUUGGUUAUGAAAUGUAAAAGUUGACAUGAUAUAGUUAUGUUGACAAAAAACAGCACCUUGAAAUCUCAUCCUUUUCCCCUAUGAAACAUACAAAAAAAGCUUUUUAAUGAAGUUUCCUUUAUGUUCCAUUUUAAAUGCAUGAGGGUGACAUACACAAUAAAUUGAAAUGUUUCUCAUCGUUUGUACUCCUUUGCUUUAAUCUGAAUCUGAAAUGUAAUCAGUUUUGUUUUAUUUAAUCAGUUAUCAGUGUCUUUGAACUUGUAUCAUAUUGCUGGAUAGUGGUACUUUACAUUUGUUUUUAUUCCUCUCAAGCUCCUUUAAACUUUGCCUCUACCUUCAUUAUAAUUCAGUUUGUUUUAUUUAUUGGCAUAUUGGUGGUAAAACCUUGAAAAAGACUGUGUAUGAGAAAAAUCUAGCCUGUCUAAUUGGGUGGUGGUGUAAUGAUGGUGCUAUAAGUCUUACUUAAACUUGAAAAGUCUUCUAUGGGGCAAAAAAGAACAGUAACAGUGACCCGAGGUGUUCUAGGUGUCCUCACCUUCACCUUUGGUGCAUUUACCAGCUUUUUUCAUAGAGAACAAACUGAAUCAGAGGCCUUUCUUAUCUGGAAUGUUUUAGCUGGUUUGUAUGAAAGGGUAAAAACUACCUAAUGACUCAUAUGAUUUACCGUUUGCCUUACAUGCAACACGGAGCUGAUGAACAGACUCUGUGCGCAGGAAAUAGAAAUAUUUCAGAACUGUUGUUCUACUGAAUUUCUCUGUUUCUGUGUAUUUUCACAAAUUACGAUAAGUCCACUCUUAAAACUGUAUCCAGUAUUGACUCCUCUUCUGUACGACUCACUGCUAAUCAUGUUUUGUAUGGUUUUAGUGUGCACCACACAUGUGAGAUUCAUUGUACUUCUUUGUAUUUCACUGGAAAAUUAAGUGAACUGUGUUGAAAUGUCUAUGGUAUGUUAAGUUUCUCCAGCUUUCCACUUUUUAACAAGAAUAGUAAGCAGAACAGGCUGUUUUUUGUUUUGUUUUUUUGCUUUUUAUUGUGUUCUAGAUUUAUCUAAUUGAUUGUUCCGAUACUGAUACGUUUUGUUUGCUUUUCUAUUUUUUACAUAGCAGUCUUUUAAACGUACGCAGUGAGUAGAUGUUAGUUUUGGCCAGUGUUUCAUGUGUUAAGUAGGUUUUAGGACGUUUGCUAUGAAAGCUGGCGUAUGAUAAAUUUGGUCUACCGUCUUUCUGUCAGCAGCUCAUGUGGUUGGCUCUUACCAAUUCCUGAAAUGUUACUUACAGUCAGGUUGCUUCAUAGUAUUGAAUUGAUACUGCUUUCUUUUUUCAUCCUUUUCAUAACUUCAAUAAGCAAUUAAUUUCAAUGUGUAUGUUUUUGAUCAAGAAAGGCAUACAAACGGCUUGAUAAGUUACCUAAUCUGACUAAUGAAUUUCACACACAUCAGGUCUUUUUAAUUCAUUACAGAGUGCACUUAGGAAAUCAAACAAUAAAUGACAGUAGACAAUUACAUAACAGCGUACACAACACAGAAUGUGGACUGGUGUUAGACGUAUUUAUGGUCAGUGCCUGUAUGAAUUAGAGUUCGAGGCUUUGAUUAAAGAAUAUUUCCAUAUUUUAUCUCAACCAAAUUAAGCAUCAAUAUUCAUCACGGCACCUUUUUUCUUUUUUUUUCCUCAGUUCUUUUUUUUAGGAGUUAUGAGUUUUUAUUUGUGUUUUCUUUGAACUGGUUUGCUGCUAAUUUUCCAUAGGCUCUGCUCAAAUAUGAGAACAGAAAAAAGGCCCAGCUAAAGUGGUUCCAAUUUGAUGCAAUUGAAAAUAGAAAAAUAAAGCUGCUUGUGCUGUGUGUCCCAUUUGUAA